AAUGGAUGUCUCUUUCUGUGUCUCUUUCUGAAAACUCGCCGGGCAAACGUGUCUGUCGUAGUAGCAGACGCCCAGUCCCUACCGCAUAUUUCAUACUGCCGCUACACGGAACCCUGCGUCUUCGCCAUGACCGAAAUGACAACCAAGGAGAGUCCAUUGAUAUCGCUGAAUGACCUCAACAAGCACAAGUCAAAGUCGGAUUGCUGGAUUGCCGUGCACUCAAAAGUCUGGGAUAUUACCAAUUUCGUCGACGAGCACCCAGGAGGACCAUCCGUCUUGCUAAAGUGCGCCGGUUCCGACGCCACGCAGUCCUUCGACGAAGCCCACGCCCCCGAUAUGCUCCAGGAAAUGCCCAAGGGCAGCUUCAUCGGCCUGCUCCAGGCACCGCCUCCCGGGACUUCCGUCGAAGCUGCUCAGGCUGCCCCGGCAAUCAUCACAGCAGCGCCAGUCGCACCGCCCGCGCCCCAGCCUGUGAUAACAAAAGAGGACAACUCGAUUCCCGACCUGGAGUCAAUUAUCGGCGCGCCAGACUUUGAGCUUGCGGCGUCAAAGGCACUGACUCCGAAAACAUGGGCGUUCUACUCGUCGGCGGCUACGGAUUUGGUCACACAUACCAGAAAUAAGGAGCUCGUGCGGAGGGUCAUGAUCCGGCCGCGGAUUCUACGAAAUGUCUUGAAUGUCGACUACCAAACGAGUAUUCUGGGAUACAAGACCAAGGCGCCCUUUUUCAUUUCUCCUACUGCCAUGGCAAGACUGGCGCACCCAGAUGGCGAGCUAGCCUUAGCUCGCGCUGCAGCUAAUGAAGGUAUUAUCCAAUGUAUCUCGAGCAACGCUUCCUAUACUCUCCGAUCCAUCAUCUCAGCCGCUCCUCCCGACCAGCCCUUCUUUUUCCAGCUUUACGUCAACUCAGACCGACAAAAGACCAUCGAGCUCCUAAAGACGGCCAAAGACCUCGGCGUGAAAGCCGUCUUCGUCACCGUCGAUGCCCCCGUGCCCGGCAAGCGAGAAGCCGACGAACGAGCUGCCCAAGCCGUCAAAAUCAAAUCAGCAAUAAGCGGAGGCGAGAGUAGCAAGGACAAGAAGGGGAGCGGGCUCGGUCGUUUGAUGGCCCAGUAUAUUGAUAAAUCCCUGUGCUGGGAGGAUCUAGCUUGGAUCCGCGACGCCUGUGGAGUUCCCAUUAUACUAAAGGGUGUGCAGACCGCUGAGGAUGUUAAAAAGGCAGUUAGCUACGGCGUGGAUGGUGUGCUCUUGGGUAAUCACGGCGGCCGAUCUUUGGAUGGGUCCCAAGCUAGUAUCCUCGUUCUACUAGAACUGAGAAAGGUAUGCCCGGAGGUGUUUAGCAGCCUGGAAGUUUACGUCGACGGUGGUUUCGAGAGAGGCUCCGACAUUCUCAAGGCCAUCGCCCUCGGAGCUACUGCCGUGGGCAUUGGCCGACCUUAUCUCUACUCUCUAGUCUACGGCCAAGAGGGCGCAGAGCAUCUCACUCAGAUACUUAAGGAUGAAAUCGAAACCUCGAUGCGACUCUGCGGCAUCACGAGCCUGGAAGAAGCGACGUCGAAGUUAGUUAAUACUCGAGAUAUAGACCACAUGGUUAUUUCCGACGACCAGGAAGUGGACGUUAUUGUGAAGAAGCCGCGAGCUUCAAAGCUAUAGAUGGAGAGGGGCUAAGUGUCAGGUGUGACUAAUAGCUGUAUUGCAUUUUUCGUUUAUGUAUAUGUUCAAAGCACGGGGUUGGCUGGAAGUACGAUAGCC